ACGUAUUUAUGCGUUGAAAGUGUUAAUGGCAGCGAGUAUCCGUGCGUUAUACAUGACGAUGCAUGGUGUCGGAUCUGGUUCAAUCAAGAUGAUGAGUACAAGCGCCCGAAAGCUGUGACCAAGAUUGCUAUCAUCACUCCCGUGGUGAAUUCGUCUCCGAAAUCCACUAUGCUCUCGUUGAUGUACAGAUCCUGCUUAGUGGAUGCACUAACGGAAGAUAUAAGCAACGCCUCGCUGGCCGGUUUGUAUUGUGACAUAACGACUACCCAUUCCGGACUAGUUUUAGAAAUUGCUAUCAUCACUCCCGUGGUGAAUUCGUCUCCGAAAUCCACUAUGCUCUCGUUGAUGUACAGAUCCUGCUUA